AUGCAGAAACCCACCAAAGAUGGAUUAUCGUCAAAUAGGGACAAAAGGGGUUCCCCCGGUGCCCUCUUCGAGGCGCUGAAGCCUGGAAUGGGAGGCAGGGUGUUCGUCACCGUCGGCACAACACGCUUCGAUGAGCUCAUAAGGGCCGUGGACUCUCAUGAAGUGUCGAACAUCUUACGGUCCAGAGGGCACGAUGCGCUGGUGGUGCAGAAAGGUAGCGGCGAGUACAAAAUGCAUAAUCUGCUGGCGAAAGACGAGGCCGCAACCACGUUGGCCAAUGGCCUGAAGGUCGAGUGUUUCGACUUCCUCCCAAGCAUUGCGGACCACAUUGCAUCUGCAUCACUUGUCAUAUGCCAUGCAGGUGCUGGGAGCAUAUUUGAGGGUCUUCGUGCUGGCAAGAGGCUUGUGGUCAUCCCAAACACGUCACUCAUGGACAACCACCAAAUUGAACUCGCACACCACUUGGAACAUCUGGGACACUUGGUGUGCGCAUCCCCAGAGACACUGCCAAGCGUCCUCAGCAGACUAGAUGACACCAUCUUCGUUCCCUUUGAGAAGGGCAGUCCCCAUGGCAUAGUCACGGCCAUUGACAGACUCGUCGGCUUCUCGAAUUGA